GUGAAUACAAUGAUUCCAGUCGUACUGCUUGCUGUCUUCACUGUCAGUGCCUAUGGGUGUGGAGUUCCCCCCAUUGAGCCUUCUGUCACCAGGGUGGUGAAUGGAGUGGACGCCCUUCCACACAGCUGGCCAUGGCAGAUCUCUCUGCAGUACCUAAAGAAUGAUGAGUGGAGGCACACAUGUGGAGGCUCUCUGAUUUCUACUAACUGGGUAUUGACAGCUGCACACUGCAUCAACAAAGCAUUCACCUAUAGAGUUGAAGUGGGAAAGCACAACCUUUUGGAAGUUGAGGCAGACUCCAGGGCCAUUCUUGUGGAAAAGAUGAUUGUUCAUGAAAAAUGGAACCCUAUUCUGGUUGCUCUAGGGAAUGAUAUUGCAGUUGUUAAACUGGCUGAACAUGUUACUUUGAGCAGCAGUAUCCAGCUGGCAUGCAUCCCUGACCCUGGCACAAUCCUGCCCAACAAAGAACCAUGUUACAUCACAGGCUGGGGCCGACUUUACACAAAUGGACCAAUUUCUGACAAUUUACAGCAAGCCCUUAUGCCAGUGGUAGAUUAUGACACCUGUUCUAAACCAGACUGGUGGGGGUUUGGAGUAAGAAACACUAUGGUUUGUGCAGGAGGUGAUGGCAUUGUUGCUGGAUGCAAUGGUGAUUCUGGUGGUCCCCUGAACUGCAGGAAUGGUCGUGGGAUCUGGGAGGUUCAUGGUAUCGCAAGCUUUGUGUCUGGGUUGGGCUGCAACUAUGAGAAGAAACCAACAGUCUUCACUCGAGUGUCAGCCUUCAAUGAUUGGAUUGAAAAGGCUAUUUCUGAAAACUAAUUUAAGAAGAUACUUGUCUUAUUAAUAAAUACAUCUGCAAAUAA